AUGGGCUUAGGCGCUCAGGCGACGGUGCGCACAGGCGGCAAGGGCACCGCGCGCCGCACCAAGCUGUCCAAGCACGCCAGCAACGGUGCGGACGACAAGCAGCUGCAGGCUCAGCUGAAGCGACUGGGCGUGAACAACAUCCCCGGCAUCGAAGAGGUGAACAUGUUCAAGGACGACGGCCAGGUGCUCCACUUUGCGUCGCCCAAGGUGCAAGCCUCCGUGGGCGCCAACACCUACGUAAUCAGCGGCCACGCCGAGCUCAAGAAGCUCGAGGAGUUGCUUCCGGGCGUCAUCAACCAGAUUGGCGCCGAGAACCUGAUGAACCUGAAGCGCAUCGCCGAGGGCUUCGCGGGAGGUGCAGACACCAAGAAGGACGAGGACAUCCCAGACAUCGGCGAGAAUUUCGAGGAAGUCAGCAAGCAGUGA